CUCUAGUUUUCCGGUUCUCCUCAGAGACUCCAUUGUUAUCUACUCUACUAUCACUUGCUAUUAGCUUUCAUGGCUACUUCAAGUACCAUUUUAUCCCCAUUUUAUCCUCUCCAUCAUAUGAACGACCUAUUUUUUUCUCAAUAAGAAUCUUCUCUCUAAUAUUUUUGAUAUCUUAUAUUUGCAUUGUAAAGGUUCUUGGAUCCAUAUAAAAAUGGCGUACUGACUAAAUCAGAUUCUUAGGGGUUGGAUUUUUCAAGUAAGGCUUCUGUUUGGACUCAAAGGCAUGAAAAAAUUUUCAUCGAACUUAUGGAUGAAGAAGUUUUAAAGGGAAAUAAGAAUACCACAAUAUUUACAAAGCAAUCAUGGAAAUAUAUAAAGGAGGAGUUUUGUGCACGAGCAAAAAGAAAUAAUAGUGAUAUGCAACUAAGGAACAAAUACAAUCAAUUAAAGCAAAAGCAUAAGGAUUUUAAGUCUUUACUAAAAGAGACUGGUAUGGGAUGCAAUGCAGUGACUGGAGAAGUUAGUGCGACUGAUGAAGUUUGGGAUAGACUUAUUCGGGUUAACAAGUCUGCUAAAAGAUUUAGAAAGAAAGGUUGUAAGUUUUAUGAGAAAUUAUGCACUAUCUUUGGUGAUACUACUGCAACUGGUUCCAAUGCUCAUCCUUCAACUCGAAGUCCUUCUAAUGACAAUGACGGAGAUACUAAUGAUGAUGAUGCAACAUCGAUAAGUCCUUCUACUAGGAAUGAAGAAAGUGGUUUUUAUGAAGACGGUAGUAAAUCAAUAGCCACUUCGAAUUCUCGAUCAGUAAAAAGAGCAAAGUUCUUAUCAGCUUUGGCAGAUGCACUGGCAACAUAUAAUGAAACUGCAAAGCAAAAGACAGAAUUGAUAGAGAGAUCAAUGGCAACAUCUGUAUCACAUUACUUAUUGGAUGAGAGUGUUGAAGCUCUUAAUCCAAUUGAUGGAAUUAGUGGAGAAGUAUACGCAAAAGCUAUUGAGAAGUUUGAGAACGAGGUGUUCAGAACAUUGUUUCUAAAGAUGCCAGAGCAUAGAAUAAUAGAUUGGUUGCUGAAUUUGAAGUGAAAAGUUUAGACUUUGUUUAGCUAUGAACAAGAUGACUUUGUUUAGCUAUUAAAUUUAGUAAUGUUUAGCUAUUAAAUGGAUGGGUUUGUUAAGCUAUUGACUGGAUGACCUUGUUAGUUAUUGACUGUAUGAAUUUGUUUAGUUAUUGACUAGAUGACUUUGUUUAGCUAUUGACUGGAUGACUUGUUAGCUAUUGACU